GGGCCCGGCCCUGACCCGCUGCCCGCCGCGCGCUCGCCCUACCGCCAAGCCACGCCGAGCUUCUCGCUGCCGAACUUCCUCCGCCUGGAGCUCGGGCUCGGAGGGGGGCAGACCCCGACCCACGGCUGUACAGGGUCUCGAGGCCCUGGGCCCUGCGCCGGUGACCGCGCCCCCACCCUAGUGGAGACCUGCGAGAUGUUGCCGAGCCCCACGCUGCCGCUGCUGCUGCUGCCGCCGCUGCUACUUGGGGCCCUCCCGCCGGCGGCCGCAGCUCGAGGCCCUCCAAGAAUGGCAGACAAGGUAGUCCCACGGCAGGUGGCCCGGCUGGGCCGCACUGUGCGACUGCAGUGCCCAGUAGAGGGGGACCCACCACCUCUGACAAUGUGGACCAAGGAUGGCCGCACGAUCCACAGUGGCUGGAGCCGCUUCCGGGUACUGCCCCAGGGACUGAAGGUGAAGGAGGUGGAGGCGGAGGACGCGGGCGUGUACGUGUGCAAGGCCACCAAUGGCUUCGGCAGCCUCAGCGUCAACUACACCCUCAUCGUGAUGGAUGAUGUCGGCCCAGGGAAGGAGAGCCUGGGGCCCAGCAGCUCCUCAGGGGGCCAGGAGGACCCCACCAGCCAGCAGUGGGCGCGACCCCGUUUCACGCAGCCCUCCAAGAUGCGGCGCCGGGUGAUUGCCCGGCCUGUGGGCAGCUCUGUGCGGCUCAAGUGUGUGGCCAGUGGGCAUCCUCGGCCUGACAUCAUGUGGAUGAAAGAUGACCAGGCUUUGAUGCGGCCGGAGGCCAGUGAGCACAGGAAGAAGAAGUGGACCCUGAGCUUGAAGAACCUGCGUCCUGAGGACAGUGGCAAGUACACGUGCCGCGUGUCCAACAGGGCAGGCGCCAUCAAUGCCACCUACAAGGUGGAUGUGAUCCAGCGUACUCGCUCCAAGCCCGUGCUCACGGGCACACACCCGGUGAACACGACGGUGGACUUCGGGGGCACCACCUCCUUCCAGUGCAAGGUGCGCAGCGACGUGCGGCCCGUGAUCCAGUGGCUGAAGCGUGUGGAGUACGGGGCUGAGGGCCGCCACAACUCCACCAUCGACGUGGGCGGCCAGAAGUUCCUGGUGCUGCCCACGGGCGACGUGUGGUCCCGGCCGGACGGCUCCUACCUCAACAAGCUGCUCAUCUCACGGGCCCGCCAGGAGGACGCGGGCAUGUACAUCUGCCUGGGUGCCAACACCAUGGGCUACAGCUUCCGCAGCGCCUUCCUCACCGUGCUCCCAGACCCCAAGCCACCGGGGCCACCUGUGGCCCCCUCGUCCUCGGCCACCAGCCUGCCGUGGCCUGUGGUCAUCGGCAUCCCAGCGGGCGCUGUCUUCAUCCUGGGCACUGUGCUGCUGUGGCUCUGCCAGGCCAAGAAGAAACCCUGUGCCCCCGUGCCUGCGCCUCUGGCGCCGGGGCACCGUGCCCCCGGGGCGGCUCGGGACCGCAGUGGUGGUGACAAGGACCUGCCUGCCCUGGCCGUUGGGCUGUGUGCAGAACAUGGGCCCCCGGCUGCCCCCCAGCACCUGCUGGGCCCAGGCCCGGCAGCUGGCCCCAAGCUGUACUCCAGGCUGUACACGGACGUGCACACACACACGCACACACACUCACACACACACUCCCACGUGGAGGGCAAGGUCCACCAGCACGUUCACUACCAGUGCUAGGCAGCAGCCACCUCAAGGCUGGGUCCCCGGGUGGGCAGGGAGGCCGGAGGGAGGCAGGUCAGGACUGAGGGAGAGAGGCAGCAUCCUAAGUGCCCUGUGCAAGGCACACGUUGGCCACGCACAUGGACAUGCUGGCAAAUGGACACACACAGGCCAUGGACACGUGUGGACCAAGGGGCACACACACACCAGGGGACACGUGUUUACCAGGAGACACAUACACCAGGAGACACAUGCAGAUCAGGGAUACACACAUCAGGGGACACACACACAGGACACAUGUGCAGACCA